AUCAUAUCAAACGUGGUCCAACUAAUAAUAAAGUACAUUUGACAUUUUUCAGGUUCAUUUUUAAUUUUUAGAACAUCACCACAACCCUUAAUUAAAGUUAACGGUAUGGACCCCAUAACAACAGAGACAUUGAGUACAUAUCUCUGUCUAUUUAUCAAAGUCUGCACCAAGUCAUCAUAUUCAACACUUCACCAAAUUUUCCCGUGACUGUUCGUUCGCUUCGCCUGAGCCAAAUCACCAUAUUUUGCAACACUUCACCACAAGCCGGAGCUGUUGUCUUGUCUAUCCCACCAUCGUCACGUCACCUUCUUCCCCGUAGCUUCUGCAGGUCUUCUUCUCCCUUUCGUUUGCUGUCUCCUAACGUUUCCUCUGUUAUUGCUUCCUCUCUUUUCUGAUUCUGUUGUAAUAAGUGCUCUUCCACAUGCUCUGUAAAGAGAAAGAAGCAUGAAUUUAACAUUUUACACCCAAAAAAAAAAGACGUAGAAGAGUAGAUCGAUGAGUCUUUACUCGUGUCGUGGUUUGUCUGUACAAGAAGAUGGAUCGUGCUCGCAAGCGACCAAUUGUCUAUGCAAUUCGUGAUUUUCCACCUGGUUGUGGAACUGCUCCCUCUAAUGUUCCUGACAAAGAUCAUUUCAAGAAUCCAAGAACAAGUGAUGAUGUUGUUGUCGAGAAUCAGAGUCCUGAUCAUUCUGAUGCAGAUUCAGAACCUAGUGGAGCUUCUCUCAUAGAAGAACAAAAGUUUAGAACCUCUAAACACGAUCGUGGUCUCAAACAAGAAUCCCCCUUACCAAGCUCUUAUCAUGGUCGUGUUCUUGGAGCUUCUAAACACAAAGGAAGUUGUUCCAAACAAGAACCAGAGUCUCAACACUCUGAUCAUGUUGUUGCUGCACCUCCUACACCUCGUGAGAAAGUGCUUGAGGUCUUGCGUGCUUUUAAAGAUGUUUAUAGGGAGUUGGAUCGAAACAAACAAGCGAGACGCGGUGGAGAUUCGUUUGACGCUACAGCUAGAAUAGACAUCAAAGCACAAGCUUUCCUAGAGAGCGAGGGGAGACACGUGAACACAGAGAAGAGAAUCGGACAAGUUCCCGGAGUCAACAUUGGCGACGAGUUCCAGUACAAAACAGAACUUCGUCUUGUCGGGCUUCACUUCAAGACCAUGUGCGGGAUCGACUACAUGGAAGUAGGAGGUGUGAAGUACGCGACAUGCAUUGUUGCCUCUGAGGGAUAUGGAUACAACGAUAAGUUUGAUGCUGGUGUUGUGAUAUAUACAGGUGAAGGAGGUAACGUGAUAAGCAAGCAUGAAAACAAAACUGAAGAUCAGAAGAUGUUAAAGGGCAACUUAGCUUUAGCUAAUAGCAUGAGACACAAGACAGAAGUGAGAGUGAUACGUGGCAUGGAGAGAUGGGAUGGUAAAGGGAAGCGUUACGUCUAUGAUGGGUUGUACUUAGUUGAUAAGUAUUGGUUAGAGAAAGGAGUUAGUGGUAAGAGUAUGUAUAAGUUUAAGCUUUGUAAAAUUCCAGGUCAACCUCGUUGACUUGAAAACAAUAAUGUUUACUUUCACAAGUUUCUAAUUUGUUUUUUCAUUUUGUUAUUAA